AUUGGGAUUUCCGUCUCCGUGCAGCGUUGAAAGUGUCAGAACGUCACCGAAGGCUUUGCUCAUUUUUCAUAUAAGUCGACGUUUUUUUUCGAUAGGUUCAUUAUGUGUACUAGCCUCGAACCUUGGCUACAGUUAGUUACGAUGAAUGACGAUAAGCCAGUUGCUUCGUUUGGAGGACUCUCUCGACAGAUGAAAAAUGACCAACAAAGCAACAGAUGUGGACGGAUACUCUCUGAGGAACCAGGCAAGAUAGGCUACUUCGUUUUUGCCUCCAUAUUUUUCAACCCAUAUUCCUGGAUAACAUGAAUCACCCCAAAGAAGACGAAUUGUCCGCACAAAGGUUCUUCAUACCAAGGAGACUAUUGGGUCCUCAGGUCUCCAAAGCUGAUCUCACUGUCCAUCCAUUUGGUCAUCCUCCGAGAGGCCUUUGGAGCGGCACUGUCACGUGACUUCUGGUGCCGAUGUGUCCUCAGAGAGUCUAGGCGCCCAGGCUCCUUAGCUGAUGAAAACACCUCUGGAGAUGCAGGAAACAGCACUAGCUGUCGACUCCUCGGGUUUUGACGCGUACCCACUUCAGGGAUUUGGCUUCGAUGGCGCGCCUCCUGGUUUCCAAGCCUCAGCGCAGUCGGAGAGAGCCGCUUGUUUGCAGCAGUGUUUUGAUAACUGCACCCCAUGCCAACACAGGGAGUCUGGUGCGCAGAAUACGGGUUGCUUAAGCGCAUGUCCACCAAAUGGCCUUCCUCACAGCUCUGCCAUUCCAACCCUCAGUUCAGACGGCUCCUUGAUACAACCUGGGGCCCAAGAGGAAAGAAAUACGACCUCGUCCUUCGUUCACAACAGCAAGUCCAGCAAACAAGUCUUUCCUUGGAUGAAGGACUCAAGGCAGAAUUCUAAAGUAAAGCGCAGCCCCCCAAGCGCGCAUACAGUUAACGAGGAAAGUGGCAACGGAGGGAAAAGCCCUGCGACUCCAUCUGCUUCAAAAAGGGCUCGAACCGCCUACACGAGCGCCCAACUCGUGGAGCUGGAGAAGGAGUUCCACUUCAAUCGUUACCUGUGCCGCCCACGGCGAGUCGAGAUGGCGAACCUACUCAACGUUAGCGAGAGGCAGAUUAAAAUCUGGUUUCAGAACCGAAGGAUGAAGUAUAAAAAAGACGAAAAGUUUAAGGGGAUAUCAGUGACGUCCUCCCCGGAGUCGUCUCCCAGUGGAAGUCCCACUCUGUGUUUGCGAACAGGCUUUAUUAAUUCUAUGUCCUCAGCUGGUCAGAGUGAUGAUAUGUUUCUGGCAUCGUUGAACAUGUCUCAGUGCGGUGGGUAUGGUAUGCAGCACUCCACAUUCUCGAAUACCCCAAAGUCUUGCCCCUCCUCACAAAAAUACUUCAAUUCGACUUAUGACCAUCACGACGCAUCGAAUCGCAGUUAUCUCGCACCCAGCGUUCAUGGAAGCCCAGGGUUUGUGGGAGAGAGCUAUGAAAGUCCAGCAUCUGUCUACAGACUCAAUCACUUAUCACAGAUUGAGUGUCAUGACCUCGAUAGCUCCGUGCAAGUGCCAGCGAGCCCACAAUAUGAACUGUGUGAAUCAGAUGUGCCCUACAUUCAGCAAACACAGUACUCGCCUACACAUUCUCAGGACAGACUUGUUCAAGCUGAUAGGUUAACACAUUUGUAAUCAUAUUUUGCACAUUACAUCUUUCAUGUUUUCACAAUAACAAUGGACAGUUGACACUAUCAGCGGUCUCUACAGGGGUUAGAAAAAAGAGAAGCAUGCGCCGGUUGACCAAUAGGCUACUGAUAAUUCUGAAUGGACAAUAAGCUACAUUUAUAUUAUUAACUGAAUUUUGAUAUUGUUGUCACGUGAGUUUGCAGUAAUUUAAACGUAUUUAAGUGUUUAUUUAUUUAUGUUAAUUGCACUUGAAUUUAAAUUGUAUUUAUGACAGUUAGAAAGUCGAGUUUCGAUGUUGGCUUGUCUACACAAAUAUUCUGAACAGUUUUUGUUUGUGUAGAAUUAGAGAAUUAUUGUUGUCUGCAAGCAAUGGAGGAAUGUGUGUUUUCAAAUAGAUUCUUGAAUAAAGUCGUCUGUUUUUGUCAAAUCGA